AGCUGUAGAGGGCGUUGUUCAUGUGGACUAUUCCUGAAGGCUCUGAACUGUGGAGACUGUGGACAGAUAAUCGACGGCGACGUCCGUGAGAGCGCGGGGCAGGGACGACGGAAAAUUUGAAUUGGAGGAGAAGAGUGGGGCCGGACGACAUGCUCGUGACAUGACUGACGGUGGCAAAUUUGGCGACGCUGUGCGAUCGAUCGAUCGAUGUCGCAAUGUCGCGUAUCUUGCGCUUGAUGCCGGACGAUGAUGGCAUGCACGAAUGAACGAGUAGGUGGCGUCACAUUUUGCCGCACUUAGUGUCAACUUUCCGAAGGCUUCUCUUGCGGAGGGAGCGAAACUGGUGCUGGUGCAUCGUCCGCUUCCCGCAGAACAGUGGUUCUGUCUUACGAGGAAGGUUGUCAUCGUCUCUUCCAGGGCGCGUUUACGAGGUUUUGAAUUGCGAAGACUUUCGAGAGCUGAGCGCGUCUGGGCUCGACAUGGCAUCGAAAGAAUGUCGUUCCCGUCUUGUUGAGGUCGAAGCGGACACGAGAACCGGGAAUGCAGUCCUCUGCCCGGUAAUGUUGAGGGGGUUUAGGGUUUCGAAUAGCUGCGGGUGGUGAUUGAAUUACUAAAGUGCUAUCACUGCAACUUCUCUCGAUCAGCGCUGGAAGAAAUUUUACAGUGGUGAUGGUGGCUUUGGAGCUCUCGGGAAGCGGAUUCUUCUGGUUGAGAAUAUUGGGUUUGCGACAUGGACAUCUGUUCGAGGAGAGAUGGAGUUACAAUAUUAGGAGGGAAUUACAGUUGGAAAUGUAGGGGCGAACCAACGCCUUUAGGGUGAAAUGUGUGCAUGUCUGGUGUUUCGCGCUCCCAGAAUGUGAGUCUCGUAUGGAAGGCACAUGCGGAAGUGUAAUUUCUGUUAAAAAAUGAGGUCUUGAACUACGAAUGCUUGCGGACAGUCCGAGCCCUUUGUGUUUGAAAAAUUUAUCAGGAUGGAUAGGCCCAAAGGAGAUCCCACCAGAGUGCAAGACUUAUUGCAAGACCUCGUACGAGUCUGCAAAACCAGUUCCGAGGCUGCAGCUCUUUUCCAUGAUCACUUGAUUACCGAAUCUGGGGAGUUCAUUCCUUCACUGAAGAAAGCAUCCGCUCAAACUGUUCCUAAGAUGCAGCUACUUCAAGAACAACGUGUCCUUCUCGCUGCUUCGCCUUAUCCGCAGAAGCUCAUGGAAAAGAUUGAGCUGCUAAAAGACGCUGGGGUGCAAGGGAUCGAUCGCUAUAUUUGGCUAGUGGGUCAAAUCAUUGCCGAUCCUGACGUUAAAAAGUUGGUCUCUGUCCAGCUCGGUGCUGAUGCAUCCAUAGAUUCAGGUGACGCAACACUUGAAGCUGGCUCAAACUUGCCGAGUGAAACAAUCGAGACAUCAAGUAUGCCUCCUUCCGCAGAUGCAGGCACCGUGAAAGCGAAGACCGUGCCUGCAAAUGACACGGCUGAGGCUUCUGUGAGGCAUUCACAUGACCAGAAUGCGGACGAAAGCAAUCAAACUGGUCAUGGAAGGCGAACAUCACGAACCGACAGUAAGCCGUCGUCGUUAUCAAAGAUGCUUGGUGUUCCGAAGCCGUUGAUUGAGGGUGUUUCUUAUCCUGGGACUCCUCAGUGGAACAUCGAUAGACCUUACCUUACCGGCAAACACUUACAUCAGCAGGAGAUCAUCAUACCUACUCCGUACAUGAAUAUAAAUAGGAGAAACUCUCUGGACAGAGACCUAGUCAGUAAUGGUGAAACCAGUCGAUCUCUAGGUGCUUAUUCACCAGCUGUACAGGAGUUGCUUGUUAUCGACGAUCUGUUAUAUAUGAUGGUAGGGAUCGAAGGGAACUACAUCCGUGUGAGGAGGGGUAGACUGAAAGAAAAUUCUUUGACUAUCUCAGUGGACCCAAAUAUGGACUCUUCUAUACAGGAACUAGCGAAAAGGUUGUUGCCUCUUUGUGAAAACUACCUUCUUGUUAGUCAAUUUGCUGAGUCACGAUCACACUUCAGGCAUGGGCUAGUGAAUCAUGCAUUUUCUGCAGCACUGAGAGCCAUCUUGCAAGAUUACCAUGCGAUGAUUGCACAACUAGAACAUCAGUUCCGCCUGACAAGGCUUUCACUACAGGGUUUGUGGUUCUUUUGCCAGCCUAUGAUGGGAGCCAUGCAGGCUCUAUCUGCAGUGGUUCAAAAAGCUAUGAUGAAGAAUUUAUCCGGAGCUGCGAUUCUAAAUCUGCUGCAAACUCAGGGAACGGCGAUGGCAGGUGAUAGUUCGGCGAGAGCUCUUUUACAGAAGCUCACGCAAGCGGCAAGUGCACCCUAUUUUGGAAUUCUUGAAAGAUGGAUUUCUGAAGGAGUGAUAGAUGAUCCAUACGGCGAGUUUCUGAUCGAUGAAAACAAGGCGUUGCAGAAAGAGAGCUUGAGCCAAGAUUAUCACGCUACGUACUGGCACCAGCGAUAUAGUCUGAGACAGGAUAUUCCAGGAUUCUUAAGUGGCUCAGCAGAAACUAUCCUCACCGCAGGAAAGUAUUUAAAUGCCGUGCGAGAAUGCGGACACAGUAUUAAGAUUCAGUUUCCGAAUGAUAUCCACUCAACAGAUGCUGGAUCAAGUCGUCCUUACUUGGAGCGUAUAAAUGUCGCCUACAAUCAUGCAAGUGCCGAAUUGAUAAACCUUAUAAUGAACAAAUUCGAUCUAAUGGGACGGCUACGAUCAGUAAAGCAUUAUUUCUUCAUGGAUCAAGGUGAUUUCCUCGUGCACUUUAUGGACAUAGCGAAAGAUGAACUAAUGAAGAGGAGUUCAACCAUCACUAUGGAAAAACUACAGUCGUUACUGGAGCUCGCAUUACGAACAUCUGUUUCAGCGUCAGAUCCGUAUCACGAUGAUUUGACCUGCAACGUGGAAAAAUCGGCUUUAUUGACGCAGUUACAAAGUACCAUCUCAACCGGUAUGGGUAACACUGAGACGAAUGGAAAUCCUGAAUCCUUUCUAGCAAAUCUGAGUCUGAAUGGAUCAGCACUUGGUAUGCAAGGUGCUACCGGCAAUAUCACCGGCAUUGAGACGUUCACGCUUGACUAUAAGGUGCCGUGGCCCUUGUCCCUGGUUGUCUCGAGGAGGGCCUUAACAAAGUACCAACUUAUAUUCCGGCAUCUAUUUCAUUUUAAGCACGUUGAACGACAGCUUUGCAUGACCUGGCAAGCUCAUCAAGCAACUCGGCGACUCGGCUUUGUGGGAACGGCAAUUUCAAGAUCAUAUGUUCUCUGCCAGAGAAUGUUGCACUUUAUGCAGAGCAUUGAGCAUUAUCUGACAUUUGAGGUUCUUGAACCAAAUUGGCAUGGUAUGGAAAACAAUAUGCAGAAUGCGAAAAGUAUAGAUGAGGUUAUGCAGCAGCAUGAUAGGUUUUUGGAUAAAUGCCUGAAAGAAUGUAUGCUAUUGUGGCCACAAAUUUUAAAGAAAGUUGAGGCCUUGAAGACAACAUGUCAACAGUAUGCAACGACGACGCAAUGGUUGAUACCAUCAGUGAAUAUUCCAGAUAAUCAAAGCUUGUCUGAUUCGCAACUUCAAGCAAACGGAAAUGACGCAAGAGGGAAGUCGAAGACGAGGCAAAGAUUCAAGCAGCAAUCAGUUCGCAGUUGGAAAGCAGAAGAUGAAAGUAACUUCAAAUCAACAUUAGGGAGAAUCGAUGAGGAGUUCAAGGCAGAGCUGAAAGAACUAAUUUUCUUACUAAUUAACCACUCACAAACAGAACCAUGCUUUGCACACCUCGCUCAAGCACUACAGGGGGAUGAAGCGAUUAUUUAGGCUCACCAACCGUCUGUAAGUAGGCUGGAAGUGUUAAUAUUCCAACGAAGUUAGACAAAGUGUACCUCAGAUUCUUUGAAACCCUUUCAAUAGUGUGGGUGGACAUAGUUGUGGUGUCAUGCCCAAUGGAAAAGGUAUUGUACUUUACCAAGCCCUGACAUCACUCGGAUGUAAGGAUUAUACUACGAUGAAGGCUAGCUACAAAUUCUCAAUCUCUAGGGCUGUUUACUGCCAGUUUCCUUCCAUCAGAAGCACUGUAGAGAAGAAACCUUCUGGUGCAAUGCGAGUUAAGUUUGUAGAGUAACCCAACAGUUUGUUGGAGAGGUAAGUGUUGGGCUUAGGAAGAACGGAAUGUCUUGUCUCCUGGGAAACCCGUUAGUGGGACAGGACAAUUUGUGUUUGGAAAUUAUCGCCAGCAGUUCUCACUGUAAAACCCGGAUCGACUUGAGACAAGCGAGUUUUGGAGUUGACUGUACAUAUCGUGACAAUUUUGUUUCGUCACACCAAUUUCUUAUGUUGCUAAUGAGCACUUAUGACAGUGUCAUUUUAUUGCUG